UGCUUUCCCCACGCACUCUCUUUUCCCGGCCACAAAACAACCGUGAGUGUUCAACUCACAGUUUUUGGAAAACUUUAUAUAAAAACCAUAUAAAAAACACAAAAUCUCUAAAAACUAUCAUAAAAACGAGUACAAUAAUUAAAUACUAAAAAAUAGCAAAAAUUUAACCAAAAAAAAAAAAAAGAAAGGAAAAAAAAAACGACAUUGAGGCCCUGGGUUUAACUCGGAAAGGAAAAACCUGAACGAGGAUUAUCGAUCUUGAGCGUGAUCCUGUCAGGUUUUGUACAGUAUCUGGUUCAGAAUCAGCGCUCAUAUCAGCCCCGGCGCGCAGCUCGGACGCGGACUGCGCUUUUCACCUCGGCCGGUCUCUCUUGACUUGAGCGCAACUUCACACACAUUUCAUCCGUGAGGCCGGAGAUGAACACAGCGACGGGGAGUUAUCCGAUGGCUUCCCUCUACGUUGGCGACCUGCACCCCGACAUCACGGAGGCGAUGCUGUAUGAGAAAUUCAGCCCCGCCGGACCGGUGCUCUCCAUCCGAGUGUGCCGCGACAUGAUCACCCGGCGCUCGCUCGGAUACGCCUAUGUCAACUUCUCCCAGCCCGCUGACGCCGAGAGAGCCCUGGACACCAUGAACUUUGACGUGGUGAAAGGGAAGCCAAUCAGAAUCAUGUGGUCUCAAAGGGAUCCCUCGCUGAGGAAGUCUGGUGUGGGGAACGUUUUCAUCAAGAACCUUGACAAGUCCAUUGACAACAAAGCACUGUAUGACACCUUCUCUGCCUUUGGCAACAUCCUCUCCUGCAAGGUGGUGUGUGAUGAAAAUGGCUCCAAGGGCUACGCCUUCGUCCAUUUCGAGACUCAGGAUGCAGCCGACCGCGCCAUUGAGAAGAUGAACGGCAUGCUUCUUAAUGACCGCAAGGUGUUUGUGGGUCGUUUCAAGUCUCGCAAAGAACGAGAGGCUGAACUCGGUGCCAAAGCCAAGGAGUUUACCAAUGUUUACAUCAAGAACUUUGGGGACGACAUGGACGACGAACGUCUGAAGGAGCUCUUCGACAAAUACGGUAAAACACUCAGCGUGAAGGUGAUGACAGACUCCAGCGGGAAAUGCAGAGGGUUUGGAUUUGUCAGUUAUGAGAAACACGAGGACGCUAACAAGGCUGUAGAGGAAAUGAAUGGCACCGAGCUCAACGGGAAGACCGUGUUUGUGGGCAGAGCUCAGAAGAAAAUGGAACGGCAGGCAGAGCUGAAGAGGAAGUUUGAGAUGCUGAAACAAGAGAGGAUCAGCCGUUACCAGGGAGUUAAUCUUUACAUCAAGAACCUGGAUGACACCAUCGAUGAUGAAAAAUUGCGUAAGGAGUUCUCUCCAUUUGGGUCCAUCACAAGUGCUAAGGUGAUGCUGGAGGAGGGUCGUUCGAAGGGUUUUGGCUUCGUCUGCUUCUCCUCCCCUGAGGAAGCCACCAAGGCCGUGACUGAGAUGAACGGACGUAUUGUUGGCUCCAAACCCCUCUAUGUGGCUCUCGCUCAACGCAAAGAGGAGCGCAAAGCCCACCUCACCAACCAGUACAUGCAGCGCAUAGCUGGCAUGAGGGCCAUGCCAGCUAAUGCCAUCAUCAAUCAGUUCCAGCCCACCAGCGGCUACUUCAUGCCAGCUGUGCCUCAGGCCCAGAACAGGACAACGUACUACGCUCCCAAUCAGCUGGCCCAAAUGCGACCCAACCCCCGGUGGCAGCAGCAGGGUGGUAGGGGUCAAGGUGGUUUCCAGGGAAUCCCCGGCUCACUGCGUCAGCCAGGCCCAAGAACCAACAUGAGACACAUGAAUCCUGGCACACAGGGACCACGGGGGCAGUCCAUGGGCCCUCGUCCAUCAAUGGGAGUGCCUGGUCCACGGGCCAUGCCUCCUUACAAAUAUGCCACCGGUGUGCGUAACCCGAAUCCUCAGGUGGUCCAGCCUAUUGCCUUACAGCAGGCACAGGCAGCUGUGCAUGUCCAAGGCCAGGAGCCUCUCACAGCCUCCAUGCUGGCUGCCGCACCUCCUCAGGAGCAGAAACAGAUGUUGGGAGAGCGUCUAUUCCCACUAAUUCAGGCCAUGCACGCCAACCUGGCUGGAAAGAUCACUGGGAUGCUGCUGGAGAUAGACAACUCUGAACUGCUGCACAUGCUGGAGUCUCAUGAAUCCCUGCGUUCAAAGGUUGAAGAAGCUGUCGCUGUGCUGCAAGCCCACCAAGCAAAGAAGGAUGCGACUCAGAAAGUGGGCAGUAUGCCCGCUACAGCGGCCGCCACAUCCUGAAAACCGCACGCUGAAAAAUGAAGAGACAGGGAUAGACGUGGACUCCAAACACCAGAGUGCUAUGAACAAUGAUGCAAAAUCUAAGAGAAAAAAAAUCUGUGUAAUUUAAAAAAAAAAAUACUUGAAUAUUUUGGAAACUAUUACAGUGCAUCAUUUUCUAGUCCUGUGAUACUUUCAAACUGUAUUCCAAAAGCAAUAAUAACAACUUGACCUUAUUUUGUGGCAAUUAAGAGAACCUUGAAAAAGAGCCAUGUUCUCUGUUGAUGCUUGAAAGCUUCACAUUUAAUUUGAAAAGGAUAUCCCGCUAUCACGAAUGUGUGGACUUCUCAAUAAAGAGAUAAUUUAUCAAA